UUUUACUCAAAAUGAAGUUCAUGAUUUCAAGGACAUUCAACGAAGAUUACGAGCUUCAAAGCGGUAUUUGUCUUGCGAUUACAGAUGGCAUGUUGAAAAAUCAUCAAAAGUAGCUGAUCAUUGCAUGCAUUAUGCUCUUAGUGAUUCAAACGUAAAAGAUUUACAAGAGAAAUGUGAUCAUACACAUGACGAAUGUUGUGAACUGUGUACAGUUAUGAGCUCUGUAAUUGAUGACCUAGAGCAGAUUGUUAUAGAUGGAACAUUUCCAUCAGAAGAAAUGAAAACUGAAUAUCUGCAUGGCUUCCAAAGCUGCAAGGAAAAAGUGUUUCAGUGGAAGCAACAUGUAUUGAGAACAGUCAGUCAAGAACAGGCAAAACAUUUGGUUCUUGAGAAUCUUCUUCCAAAUGAAAUUUUUAUAGUUAUGGAUUGGGCCAUGAAAUUUCUUCCAUGGUUUGACCGUGAAAAGCAAACUGAUUUUUAUGGUAAAAAGGGAAUUAAGUGGCAUGUAAGUGUUGUAUUAUCCAGAGGUAUUGAUAUGAAAAUCAAUACUGACUGUUAUGUACAUUUGUUUGACAGUAUCCCCCAAGGAUGGUAUGCUGUUGCUUCAAUAAUUGAGAGCUUAUUAAACUGCAUAAAAAGCAAAGAUGAAACUAAAGAUACAGUAUAUCUUCGUAGUGAUAAUGCCUCCUGUUAUCACUGUGGACCACUGAUGGCUGCUAUUCCAGAAAUUUCUCAAAGAACAGGGAUAAACAUUUCUCGGUACGAUUUCAGUGAAGCUCAAAGCGGUAAGGAUAUUUGCGACAGAAGAACUGCUCCAAUGAAGAUACAUGCAAAACGGUUUGGAAAUGAAGGGAACAAUAUUACAACUGCAGAAGAGUUGAAAAGAGCCCUUGAAAGUUAUAGUGGUAUCAUGAACACACAUGUGUAUGUUGCUGAAGUUGAUUUUAGUGCACAGACUAUGAAAAAAUGUUCCAUACCAAACAUAAAUAUGUACAACAAUUUCAGCUUUGAGAUUGGAGGUCUUAGAAUGUGGCAAGCUUAUGGUGUUGGCAUAGGUGUCUUCAUUUCAUCUAGGGAUUUGAAGAAGAUGUCAAAUGGAAAACAAGAUGAAACAAAUCUUAAGAUACUGGAAAUGCCAAAAGUUACUAGAAUAGGAAAGAGUAAAAUAAGACCAAGAAAGAGCCUUAAGAGGAAGCACAGUGAAACAAAUAAUGAAAAGGAAAGAAAUGAAACAGGAGAUGUUGAAGACAAUAUAGAGGAAAUAAAUGAGGAGAACACAGAGGAAAAUGCUGCUAGUCAUGAACAGAUGAAUGAGACUGAUGACUAUACUUGUGGUGAAUGUGGUCUUACAUUUGUUAGUCUACAUGAAUAUAACAUUCACCAGGACAUUGGAAAUCAUAAGAUCAGGCAUGCAGAUCGAGUAAAAACUUUUUGGAGUAGUAAAUGCACAAACAUAAAAGAGUCAAUGACAAGUGUUUUUUUCAAAAGCAACUGAUGAUCAUACACCACAGUCUAAAACACAAUGUUCACUACAUUCAGGAUGGUCAUUGAAAGGAAGAAGAAUGAAUAAGAGAUUUAGCAUAGCUGUAAAAGACUAUUUACUUAAUUUAUUUAUGGAAGGUGAACAAACUGGCCGAAAAUAUACUCCAACAGAGGCUUCCAAAAAAAUAAGAGCAGUCAGGGAUGAAAAUAGGAAUAGGCUUUUUUUGCCAGAAGAAUGGCUGAGCUCACAACAAGUUCAGGGUUUAUUUUCCAGAUUUGUCAAUCAAUCUGGAAAAAUUCCUAAAGAGGAAUCUGAUGAUGAACUAAAUGAUGCUAUUAUAGAAAUUACUCGUCAGGAAAAUGAACUUGCACUAAUUCAUUCAAUUUGUCAAUGAUUUUUGUCGAGCCUGCAACUUUUGUUGCAAAAAGCUCGAAAUAGGGAUAGUGAUCCGGCGGCGGUUACGACGGCGGCAGCGUAAGCUAAUUUAAAAGGUUUAUAUUUUGGAAGGUGAACGACAAGGAGGCUUCAUUCUUUGUAUAUACAUUGUAGAUGCCUCAUGUCACAAAGUUUCUGUCAGUCACAUUUCCAAUGCCCUUGACCUCAUUUUCUUGGUUCAGUUACCACUUGAAAAAAAAGUUCAGAAUUUUUGUAAUGUUGAAUUCUCUCUUUAAUAUUAAAAGUAAUAGGAUAACUAUAUUUGGUAUGUGCAUACCUUGCAAGGUCCUCAUGCCCGUCAGACAGUUUUCACUUGACCUCAACCUCAUUUCUUGGAUCAGUGAACAAGGUUAAGUUUUGGUGGUCAAGUCCAUAUCUCUGACACUAUAAGCAAUAGGGCUAGUAUAUUUGGUGUAUGGAAGGACUGUAAGGUGUACAUGUCCAACUGGCAGGUGUCAUCUGACCUUGACCUUAUUUUCAUGGUUCAGUGGUUAUAGUUAAGUUUUUAAGUUUUGGGUCUUUUUAACUUAUAUUUUAUGCCAAAGGUCAACUAUAUUUGGUGUAUGUAAAUAUAUUAUGAUCUAUAUGUCAGUCCCGCAGGUUUAAUUUGAACAUGACCUCAAUUUUACGGUUCAUUGCACAGUGUUAAGUUUUUGUGUUUAGGUCUAUAUUUCUUAAACUAUAAGUAAUAGGUUAACUAUAUUUGUUGUAUGGAAGCAUUGUUAGCUGUACAUGUCUGUCUAGCAUGGCUCAUCUGAUCUUGACCUCAUUUUCAUGGUUCAUUGGUCUUUGUUUGGCUAUCAUGGUUCAUGUUAAGUUCAUGUGACAGUUGUAUUAAAGCGUUAUACUUAGGAAUAUCAACAUAAUAACAAUAAUUAGUAAAGAAGGCGAGACAUUUCAGUGUGUCCACUCUUGUUCUUUUAUGCUGGAACUAAAAUAUUUAUUGCAAUGUUUUGACCAACCUAUUGUGAUAUUCCUUUAGAUUUACAGUUUGUUUCUGCUUCAUAAUUUUUAUGUACAUGUAGCCAUCAUG